GUGGGAAGGUGACGGAAGUCAACUACGUUUGCCAAACACCAUCAUCAUCCUUUUAUGUCCUUCGCCGCUCCUAUCCCUCUUCUCAUUCUUUCACUUCGUGGAACUCGCCGACCCACCCUCGAUCCCCUCCUCUUCUGCUUCCUCCUUCCCCUACCUGCGGCCUUCGGGAGGUCAACUACUCCAAUCCAAUCCGGGAGGCGGGAGCUAUGGAGGACGGGAAGAGUUUGUCGGCGGUGUCGAACGUGGGUGCGUGGGCCAUGAACGUCAUCAGCUCCGUGGGAAUCAUCAUGGCCAACAAGCACCUCUUGUCCGCCAACGAUUACGCCUUCACCUUCGCAACAACUCUGACCGGAUUCCACUUUGCCGUGACUGCACUUGCUGGCCUGGUGUCGAAUGCCACCGGGUUUUCUGCGUCGAAGCAUGUCCCACUGUGGGAGCUCCUGUGGUUUUCGCUUGUCGCCAACCUCUCCAUCACCGGCAUGAACUUGAGCCUUAUGCUCAACUCCGUCGGCUUCUAUCAGAUCUCAAAGCUGAGCAUGAUUCCCGUGGUUUGUGUCAUGGAGUGGAUCCUCCAUGGCAAGCAGUAUUCGAAAGAAGUAAAGAUGGCCGUGGUUGUAGUCGUCGUUGGGGUUGGGGUUUGCACAGUGACAGACGUCAAGGUUAACGCCAAAGGCUUCUUCUGUGCUUGCGCAGCAGUCGUAUCGUCUUCCUUCCAACAAAUCUCAAUUGGGUCAUUGCAGAAGAAGUACGCAAUAGGUUCCUUCGAGCUGCUGAGCAAGACAGCCCCCAUGCAAGCUCUUUCCCUCGUAUCUCUUGGACCCAUCAUAGAUUACUGCCUCAACGGCAAAUCCAUACUCAAAUAUGAGUUUUCUCCUGGUGCAAUCAUCUUCAUACUCCUCUCUUGUCUACUUGCUGUGUUCUGCAACAUCAGCCAGUAUCUCUGCAUCGGUCGCUUCUCAGCAGUGUCCUUCCAGGUUCUCGGCCAUAUGAAGACAGUCUGCGUGCUUAUACUUGGUUGGCUGCUGUUUGAUUCAGAAUUGACUCUAAAUAACAUAAUGGGAAUGGCGAUCGCUGUCAUCGGGAUGGUCGUCUAUAGUUGGGCUGUGGAAUCGGAAAAGCAAGCUAAGGCUAAGUUUCUAUCCAAAACCAGUUUGACCGAAGAGGACAUCCGCCUUCUCAAGGACGCUGUCGAAAACGCUUCGGUGAAGGAUGUGGAGCUCGGCGAGACGAAGGCGUAACUGUGGAUUAGCAUUUGAUGAAGGAGCUGUAUAGCUAGCUUUAUGUAGCUCAUAAGCGAGGGAGCUUUUAGAACAUACAUUGCCGAUUCAUUUCAUAGUUCAUGGUUGGGAAGGGUUUGACAUUUCUGUUGUUCUUGAGUAAACAUUUCUGAAUCUUUGAUGGAAAUACAUUUACUGCUGCUAUAGAUUUGACAGAGACCAUUUCAUAUUA